AUGGCUCGAGCAGUAAGUCAAGUGUGGGAGACAUAUUGUCUGCGCCCCGUGGGAGACUCUGCAUCCGCCAUUCUCCCAGUGUUUCUCUACGGGACAGCCUGGAAGAAAGACCGGACGGCCGACUUGGUCUAUACUGCGGUCAACGCCGGUUUCCGCGCCAUCGACACUGCAGCACAGCCUCGUCAUUAUCAAGAAAAUCUGGUCGGCGAUGGAAUCCGCAAGGCGAUCGCGGAUGGUGUUGUCCGCCGAGAGGACCUCUACGUGCAAACAAAAUUCAGCCCCAUCUCGGCACAGGACCCGGAUAACAUGCCAUAUGAUCCAAAGGCCUCGGUGACUGAACAAGUCCAUGCCUCCAUCAAGUCCUCACUGCACAAUCUUCGUCCCUCUGAAGACCCGAAGACUGCGGAUGAUGCCUAUAUCGAUACGGUGGUGAUUCACUCGCCAUUACGGACUCUUCAACAGACAUUAGAGGCCUGGGUAGCCCUAGAGACCUACGUGCCUCAUCGCAUCCGCAGCCUGGGCAUUUCCAAUUGCUCCCUUCCCGUGCUCCGUGCACUGUUCACAGCUCCCGAGGCUAAGGUGCGACCGGCCGUGGUGCAGAAUCGAUUCUACGAGGAUACACUCUUUGACACCGAGUUACGGAUAUUUUGCCGUGAGAAUCAGAUCAUCUAUCAGAGCUUCUGGACAUUGACGGCCAACCCAGAUCUGGUGCGGUCUGAUCCUGUCCAGCAACUUGCCACUGCAGCUCAGAUUAGUCCUGCGGCAGCGUUAUAUACCCUUGUGAUGGGACUGGGAGAUAUUGCCGUGCUGAAUGGAACUACAAAUGAGGGCCGUAUGAAGGAGGAUUUGGCAGCACCAAUUGUCGUCCAAGAUUUUAUCCAGACUCAUCCGGAACAGUGGCAGCAGCUUCUCCAGGGGUUCCAAGCGGCGGUUGGAGAUCCCAAUUGA